AUGCCCUUCGUCCCUUACCACAACUCCGCCGGUCAAAGCAAGAUCGUCAAGUUCGGCGGUCUUCUCACCACUGAAUUUCUCGAGCCACCUCCUGGAAGAUGUUUUCUCUUCCGCCAGACUUACCGACACAAUGUUGAGGGCGCCAUUCCCGACAACCUGCGCCAACUGGUCAACAGCCCUAACCGGCCUAAAGGCCCCCCGCCCCACUUCCAUCAAUUCCAAACGGAGUACUUUCGCGUGGAGUCUGGAGUAAUGGGAAUCAAUGUCGACGGGAAGGAAAAACGCGUCACUGCUGAAGAUGGCGAAGUGUCUGUGAAAGCGGGCAGCGUCCACAACUUCUUCAUCCAUCCUGAUUCCGAGGAGAGCAUGACCGUCUAUCUUAGUGCCUCGGACUCCGGAAUGGACUAUCAGCUGGAUCGGAUCUUUUUCGAGAAUUGGUACGGAUACUGGCACGAUGCUCUGCUGCACGACGGCGGUCUGGACUGGAUUCAAUUCCUCGCUAUUCAAGAUGGUGGAGACGCGUACACCCCGGCCCCGGCGUGGGUCCCCUUCCGCCGCCAGGUCGGCUACUGGACCUGUGUCAUAGUGGGUCGUUGGAUUGGUGGGCUUCUUGGCUACAAGCCCUUUUUCAGGGAGUACACGACCGACUGGGAUUUUGCUGUCGCCAAAAUGAAGGGCUCUUUCUUCCAGCGCCAUUUGGUGCAUGAUGCGUUUGCAGCGGAAAAGGCUUGGCCUGCGCAGGUCGCUUUGGAAGCAUCUUCCACCCCCGAGAAUGCUGAGUAUGAGCCCUGGGUGCAAGACAUGUCGCCGAAGCCUUUGGUCCUGCACGCGCCGAGAUAUGAGAAUGGAGUCUAUGUGGAGAAUGCUCAGAAUGGUAUCAAUGGCAACUCGAGCACCACUGUUGGUCAUGCUAAUGGCACCAACGGCCAUGCCAACGGUACCAGCGGCAUUAAUGGAAUCCAUGGUCACGCCAAAGGCAUCAACGGCCAUACCAAUGGCAAUACCAAUGGUCAUACCAACGGCACCAAUGGCACCAACGGUGUUACUGGAGAGACUACCGGGGCCGACUGGGAGAUUGGAAGUCUGCUCAAGAAACGAGUUCCAAUUGGAGUUCAUUGA